AAUGGCUUCAGUAGAAAUGAUGUCGCUAUGACAACGCUUCAUGCAAAUGAUCGAGAUCAGACGACCGAGGAUGACAGAAAUGAGGAACCGAAAUGAUAAGCAGAUCAUCUGGGGAACUAACUAAAUCACGUAAGACUGGAGGGCUGAUAGGGUGAAACAUGCGUCGGGCAGCUUUAUGCAAAGGCACUCGUUCCUCUUUCUACACAAAUGGAUUUGGUCACCAGUCUGUACUCAUUGUAAAGUCGAUCUCUGGGUUUGUUAGUGGUACCACAUAUGAAGAUGGAGGAGUGUAAAAUGAACAUUGGUACUUUGAGUGAACAAGUCCUGAACAGGCUGUCAAAGAUGUUGGACAACUCCACCUGCGGAUGGAGGCAGCUAGCCAAUGCUGUGUCCGAGCAGGCGAAAUUCCGCUGCAGCGAGCGUGAGCUGACCAGCUGCUCACUACAGGUGCUGAACGCUGCAGGCAGCCCGGGACGCACUCUCCUGGCUCGGCUUGCUGAUCGUUCCUGCUCCCUGGACUUCUUGCUCCACUGCCUGGGGAAGAUAGGCCACCAGGAAGCUGUGCAGUACCUCACCACCACGGUGUCGGAGCUGAUCCAGAUCACAGUGCAGCCGCAGACCCAGUGGGCCACAGUGGGGGGCAGGGUGGUAUUGACCUGCAUAGCCUUUGGUCCCCCUGGACUCAGCUACCAGUGGUUCAGAGGCAGAGAGGAGAUUUUGGAUGAGACCGGGAGUACACCAGAGCUGGUCCUGUGUCCUUUAGCCCCUGUCCACCAGGGUCCCUAUAUCUGUAGGGUCCACCAUGGCGAAAACUUUAUCUUCUCCCAGUGGGCUCACGUUCACUUAGUCCAGUCUGCAGGUCCUAGUUCAGGUUGCAGCAGCAGUUUGUUCUCACGGGCAGUGAGUGGGCUGAUUAUUAUCCUUCAGCCUCAGUCCCAAGCUGUGUCUGAGGGUGACACUCUUUUCCUGGAGUGCAAUGCAGAUGCCAACCCUCCUGCGCAGUACGAGUGGUACCACAACAUGGUGCCCAUGACACAACACAAGAUGCGUGUACUGAAGAUCCCAUGUGUGACCACAGCACACAGAGGACAGUACAGAUGCAAAAUGUUCAAUUUGUAUCACGAAGCGUGGAGUGACACAGCAACAGUCACCAUUGGCCCCAGUUCUAUCACUGAUGCCUCCUGGGUAGAAGUGGAUCGUGGUGCAGACUCACAGGAAGUCCACAGGUCAACUUGCAGACCAGGAAUACAUCCUCUACAACAGAUGGUCAGUCCGCCCCCAUCAGCCAGGGGUUUCUAUGCCACAGACAAAGUUGCACUCCUGAUUGGCAACAUGAACUACCUCAACCACACUCAGCUGUGUGCUCCCAUCGCUGACGUCCACGAGUUGUCUAACCUGCUCAGACAAAUGGACUUCAAGGUGGUUUCCCUGCUUGACCUCAACUGGCAGGAGAUGCACAGCGCUGUUACAGAGUUCCUCUUGCUGCUGGACAAAGGAGUCUAUGGUUGGUCUCUUGCCAUCUGGAAAAUAUAUUUGCUUUAUUCAAAGUUGUGUCCUGUACAAACUUUAAAGACUGUAACACAUACGAAACACCUGCUCUAUAUAAUAAUGAAUGAAAUGGACGUUAGAUCAUCUGCUGCACAUAUUUAUGCUUCUAAUGAUUUUUUUUUUAGAAACCUAAAUGAUGACAUCAUUGUUCAACCAGGACUGCUCAAGGUGACAGCAAAUAUAGUGUUUGGAUAUGCCACAUGCGUAGAUGCUGAAGCAUAUGAAGUGAAGAGGGAAGACGUGUCAAAUGGCAUCUUCAUAAACUUCCUCAAACGCCGAGUUUGUGUAGAUGAGAAGGUCACAGUCAUGUUAGACCGAGUGGCUGAAGACAUGGGUCGAUGUGAGAUCACACGAGGGAGGCAGGCUCUGGAGCUACGCAGUAAUCUUUCUGAGCGGCGUUCCCUCAGCGACCAGAUACAAACCUCUGAGUGCUCUGCAUCCCAUUCAGCCCGAAACCUGCAGUGGACUGUCGCUCACGUCCUGCCAAAGAGCCAUUGCCUGGAGUUUGACUGUGGAGUAAAGGUUCAGCUUGGGUUUGCUGCAGAGUUCUCCAACGUCAUGGUCAUCUACACUCGGAUACUUGAGAAGCCCAAAGAAAUAGUAUCCUGCUGUGCUCAGCUUACUGAUUUCCCUGAGGAUGUGGACAUUGAUCUGAAACAGAGUAACCAGGAGACUCUGCUUGAAGCCGGCAGUUUAUUAUUAAUCAAGGAAGAUCUUCCUUCAAUGGAGGACCCCAGUCUGUACACACGCAUUCGAUGUCUGCAGAGACUCAGGAGGGAGCUCACAUUCACCAUCUGCCUUCAUUACACCUAUUCCAACAUGGAUGACGAAAUACAGGAAAGGAAACCAGUGACAGUUGGUAAACCACUGGUCUCUAAACUCAACCUGCAUGAGCCACGAGCGCCUCGCGCCUGCUCUGCCUCCUCGUCCCUCAGCCUUGACUCCUUCAACGUUCAUGAGGGCUCCUCCUUUGCCUCUGUUGGUUCAGCCUCAUGUGCGUGGACAUAUGCAAAAACUAGCAGAGAAUCCUCCACUACUGACUCUCCAAUUUCAUCCAGACGUGCCAAUAUUGCAGAGGAGACGGAGAGUCCUGAAUUAUUUGAUGCCCAUCAACCUCUAGUUGCCAACAAAAGCUUGCCCCACAGCCACGUAAAUGACACAAACUACAAAUUUAGUGACGUGUACAAUUUUCAUUCUCACUAAACAGUAUAAAUUGUAUGAUUUGACCAAGAAAGAAGAUAAACCAGGGCACAUUUCUUAAGAAAAGUGAAAAGGUGGUAAGAAAAGCCUGUGAAUUUCUGUUUCUGUACAGCAGCCCCAGACCUUAGGUCACUAAAUGUGGUCAGAUCUUACCACAGUCUUUACUAUGUAUUAAGCUUUUGUAAUGUUUUAUAAAGAUUUUUAUAAGAAUUUGUUGCAUUAUAAUGCAUUGAAAAAGUAAACACACUGCAGAUCAAGUUUCAUAUGUGAUUGUAAUGGAGGAAUAAUAAAACAUCCGUAAGAUUAUAUUAAA